GCGGAGGUCUGGGCAGUAGCAGUUACCGGUAGGUCCCCGCGGGGCUGUUUGUGUUUGAAUGUGGUGGGCGCUCGGUGCGUGGCUGCUAACAGUCAGGGAAUGGCGGGCAUUCAGCGAGAUGGCUACCACCUCCUGCCGGCAGUAAGGUGCUGUAUCUACUACUCCUGUAGAGUUUGUCUCGCUGGGCGCACGCAGUGGUGAUGGUGGCUCCCGCCUGCCUAUACCCAGGGCGCGGUGUGUAUGCUGGUAUCUGGGGACUGACUGUUAUUGGCACACCCCUGGGGGAACUGACUGUAUGGGACCCCCCUUCCCUUGGGGGGGGGGAACUGACUGUAUGGGGGGGAACUGACUGUAUGGGACCCCCCUUCCCUGGGGGAACUGACUGUAUGGGAUCCCCUUCCCUGGGGGAACUGACUGUAUGGGAUCCCUUCCUAGAGGGGAACUGACUGUAUAGGAUCCUUCCUGGGGGGGGUGGCUGUAUGGGAUCCCCUUCCUGGGGGAACUAACUGUAUACAGGACCCCUUCCCUGGGGGCUUGACUGUAUGGGACCCCCCCUUCCUGGGGAGAACUGACUGUGGACUUGCUUCUGGGGGAACUGACUGUAUGGGACCCUUCCUGGGGGGAGCUGACUGUGGGACCCCUUCCUGGGGGGGAACUGACUGUAUGGGACCCCCUUCCCUGGGGAACUGACUGUGUAGGACCCCCCUUCCUGGGGAGACGGCUGUAUGGGACCCCCUUCCCUGGGGGAGGGAACUGACUGUAUGGGACCCCCCUUCCCUGGGGGAACUGACUGUAUGGAGCCCCCUUCCCUGUAGGGAACUGACUGUGGGACCCCCCUUCCUGGGGGAACUGACAUAUGGGACCCCUUCCUGGAGACGGCACAAUAUGGGACCCCCUUCCCUGGGGGAACUGACUGUAUGGGACCCCCUGGGGGAACUUGACUGUAUGGGACCCCCUUCCCUGGGGGAACUGACUGUAUGGGACCCCAGCCUGGGGAACUGACUGUAUGGGACCCCCUUCCUGGGGGGCUUGUUUGUAUGGGACCCCCUUCCUGGGGAGACUGACUGUAUGGGACCCCCAGCACUUCCCUGGGGGAACGACUGUAUGGGACCCCCUUCCCUGGGGGGGAACUGACUGUAUGGGACCCCCUUCCCUGGGGGGAACUGACUGUAUGGAGCCCCCCUUCCCUGGGGGAACUGACUGUAUGGGACCCCCCUUCCCUGGGGAACUGACUUUAAUAUGGGACCCCCUUCUGGGGGGGAACUGACUGUAUGGGACCCCCCUUCCCUGGGGGGGGGGGGAACUGACUGUAUGGGACCCCCCCUCCCUGGGGGGGGAACUGACUGACUGUAUGCUGGUUUACUGGCACACUCCUUGUCACCCUGUAUGGGCACUGACUGUUACUGUCACCUGCUGGGCGCAGUGUCUGGAGCUGUCACUGGGACAGGUAAUGGGAUGAUGGUGUUAUGUACUAAUAGGUCCCAGGCAGCAUUGAUCAUGUCACUGACUUCCAAUGGGCAGCUGCUGGAGACAGACUAGCUGUUUAAUGGAUAGUCUUGAUCAGUCUGGCGUAUCUUGUUGGCUAGCUCCAUCCAUAGUCACUCGAACAUAUAUGUAGUUGGCAUUACUGUAAGGAAAUGUGUAUCAUACCUCUGUGAAAGGCCAGUCUACAGUAGGAAUAACUUACAGGAGCUGUGUAUCUGAUCUGGGUUGUGGAUCUGUGAUGUAUUGGAAACAUACGGACGUGGCUUUACACACGGCUUUUAACUAAUAAAGAUCCUCUUCUAAUCACAACUUAAAUUACAAUAUUCUAUUGGAAUAGUGAGAAUGGCAUGCAACAAACUGGCAUGGGCAAGAUAAUGUUGGCUAGAGCAAACUUCUGAAGUACCUCACCCAGUAAUGGUAUACUUUAAGUCUACAUCCAAAUGCACGUUGGUCUUUAACCCCUUAAGGACCAAACUUCUGGAAUAAAAGGAAUCAUGACAUGUCAUGUGUCCUUAAGGGGUUAAACUUUUAAAUAUUUGCAGUAGGUAAAUACAAGGUAUCUGUCUUACUGUUGCGUUAACCUGUCCGGACUAUCGAACUUUAAUAUUGGUUGCUUAAAUGAACAUGUGUCACUGAGACCUGACUUAUCAAAGACUUUAGUUUGCAUGAGACAGCUGACUCAUAUUGCUAGCUGGAAAAAAGAUUUAUACUUUUCACACCCACUCAAGGGGGCACUGAUCUAACAAGCAGUGUCUUAUCCUUGGGAAUGCUGAAAACGUGUACUGGAUUAUGGGGGUUAGUGUUUGCUUACUGGUUUAAAAAUAACUGUCAAUUGAUGCUUGUCACUCUAAGUGUAAUAAAAGUAGUUAUGACUGUCCUCUUUAACAGUUAUCAUGCAUGUUCCUCUUUUAGUUAGGGAAGGUGUUCUAGCAUCUAGAACACUUUGUUGCCAUGCAUCUAUAAACCUGGACUUGACAGAGGCAAAAUGUGGCUUUUGAUUUCUUGACCAUAGUGAGACUUGUCAAGGCAAAAACAAGUUGUUCCAAGUACCCCUCAAAAAAGCAAUCACCAUGGGAACAAAGUUUCUGCAUGUAAAAUGGCACCAUUAUUGAAAAUUUUGUAUCUUGUAUAAUUUGCCAACUGCAAUUCUAGAAAGUAGCAAUGCUUUGGUUUGUAAUUUUUAAUGUUCUUUCCUUCCUAGUUGUAAGCUGUCUUGGUAUUGAGAAUGCGUCGCAGUAUUGCAUCCAAUAGUCUCAACAUGAACUCCACUAUUGGAAUCUACAGUGCCUACCAAAAUCCUUCUCUACCAAACGAAACGAUCAUCCAGACAAACAUGUCGCCUCAAAGAACGGUGCUUGGUGUGAUCAGUGGCAAUGAACAGUACAGACGAACACUUGGCCAGGCAAGUAGCUUGGCACUAACAUUGUUAUAAAAUGUGUGUAGGAUUAACUCUCUGCUAGUUGCUGGUGGUAGAAUUAGAGCCGCUGAGAUCUCUUGCCCAUUCUACAGACUCAUACUAUAAUGAAUGAGCCAAAUAUUUUAAGGAACUAACUAUAAUACAAAUCAUUAUGGAACUAUAACUAUGCCACCAUAACAAUCAUUCAGAGCUGCUUCAACAUGGCAUGUCUCCAUUAAAUACUGCAACAGUGCAUAGGAUGCUGUGCCAGCCUACUGUGACUGGCAAAUUGUAACACUUGAUCAUUAAGUGUUUUGGCUCUCCCUUGGACUCUUCUCCCUCCCCCCCCACAUAAAAGAAAAAGGGGUUGUGGGUGGGGUUUGUUCUCCCUUAAGUAUAUAUGGGGAAAAUUAAACCCAUCCCUACUGUUACUGUAUGUCAGGGUCCUUCAAUCAUAUAAUGCACCUUUUUGGUUGGAGAAAACUGCUUCUGAGCAGGUAGUGAAGCCUAUAUAAACCAUUUCAGCACCCUGAAUCGCCAAAGGUUUGUUUACGGUUGAAGGAUCAUGCUGCCUAAUGAGGUGACUUGCCCACUAACAGUUCUGAUAAUUCUAACCUACUACAUAACUAGAACUGCUUUAUGUAAACUUUAGUUUGUAGCAGUAAUGACCCUUUUUUGCUGAUGAAAUGGUGACAUAUCUUGAGGUGACUAGAUUUCAAUCACUAACAUAUUGUGUAAACUGACUUUAACUCCAUUAUUACAUUUUCUAGUCUUGGCCUGUUAACAGAUAUUAAUAAUCAUAUCUUAAUUCAGGCUGCUGGAGUUAAGAAUGAAUUUCCUCUCCUGAGAAAGGUGUCCUGUUUACCUGUUCCUAAACCCAGUUUUACAAUCUAUGUUGAUGAGCCAGAGGUUAAACAAGAGAAGUGUUCAUUUGAAGUAGAGUUUCCAAGCUUUGAAGAAGCGGAUGUCAACAUUGUGAAACAAAGUUUCCACUUGCUGCUUGACAUUAGUACAUGUGAGUACUAUAUUGCUACUUUUUACUUUUUAUUUUUAAUGUGAAAUAUCAUAACCCAUGACUAAAACUAUUUGUUACAGCUUCCCCAAUGAUGGUUGAUACAUCUAUGGACCAUCACCCUGGAGACGGGUCUGAAAUAGAUCCUGAUGCCAUUGUUGUAUCUGAAUACAUGGAUGAUAUUCACCAGUACCUCCGUGAGGCUGAAGUAAGUACUGUUUCCUAAGAUAAUGUUUUAGAAAGCCUUUCAGCCUGGCCAAACUACUAAAUGGCAUGAGAUCUAAAGGCUAGCACAAUCCUUAACUUCCCUAGUAUGAAUGGCACAUAUCCACAAUUAGUGUAUUUCAAAUGAAGGGGGUGGAAUAUCUAUGGAGCAGCAUAAAGUACCCCUGAUUUGGUAAGCAAUAAAGUCUUGGCACCAAACUUUAACUUAAGGUAUCUGCCUGAAAAUCCUGUCAAGCUGGAGUACAAUAAAGUGUUGGGAGAAUGCAGUGUGCCAAUCUUCAGACAAGGGACAUGAGCAAAGGGAGUAAAGACAUCUGUCAGACUUGAGAUGCUGCUUCUCAAGUCUAAGCCAGUAAGACUUCUGAAACCUAGUCUGUUCUAUAAUGGACAAUGAAGUACAAAUGUAUCAUUCCUGUCUUGGCUAGACCAUUGUCUUAUGCUCUGGCAGGACUUUUAUUUAAUUUUUUUUUUUAACUUUUUUGGGUGGUGGAGGAACUGUUUGUCAGAGAUGGUUGAAACAACCAGAAAGUUCAACAUCCAAGUGACUGCAUUUUGUUUCAGUAUCUCCAGAUAUUGCCUUCCUGCUUAAACAGGAAAGUUCCUCAGAUUUAAAAAAAAAUUUUGUCACUUGUCUGACUGCUUGGUGCAGAAAUGAUAGUUUUUUAUUUUUUUAUUUUAUUUUUUAUAAAUGUUAAAACUUGACCUGCAGACCCUUAAGCUUUACCUCUGAACAAAUCAUAAUGGCUAUGUAUCUGUCUUUUUAUAUUGUGCAACUCUAAAUGGUUAUACUCCUAACAAAGGGGUGACAAUAGCUUAAAUACUUGAUACCAUGCUUUAAAUGCAGUGGCUUAUUUUCUUAAAUCUACUGGCCAAAAAGCAAUCAAAGGGAUACUAAUGGUUCUUAACUGUCUUAAUAGGUAAGACACAGGCCAAAGGCACUUUACAUGAGAAAACAGCCUGAUAUAACAACAGCAAUGCGUACCAUCUUGGUGGAUUGGCUUGUGGAAGUCAGUGAGGAAUACAAACUUCGAUGUGAAACACUCUAUCUUGCUAUCAACUACCUGGACAGAUUUCUAUCCUGCAUGUCUGUACUGAGGGGCAAGCUACAGCUUGUUGGAACAGCUUCCAUUCUCCUGGCAUCGUAAGUAUAUAAAGUCUGACUUGUCUGCAAAGAUCCACAAGAGAUGAAAUGCUCUUGCUAUUUUCAAAAACUCUAGACUUCCUGCUACUUGCAUUUAUUUGAAAACUGGCAGUCUUGUGAAGGGCAUGCUAACGGUACCUAGAACUACUGGGACUAACAAGCUGGGUACAACAAAUAUUCCAGCAUCUUGAUCAGUUAAAGGAUGGACUUGGAAGUGCAAAAAUAGUCUGACUUGCACUUUUACUAUCUAAAAGAUUUGGAAACAUGGUUGAAGACACUUGUCAUUGAUUCAGUAAGGUAGCUGGUGUCUGCUUAUGGCUUCUCAAUUUAACUCCCUUGUCAAACUAUAAUCACCAAGCAAUGCCACAUAGCUGAAACUAAAUGGGGCACUAAUACACUUUUGGGUAUCUUUCUGCAGAAAAUAUGAAGAGAUUUACCCACCUGAUGUAGAUGAGUUUGUGUACAUCACAGAUGACACUUACACAAAGAAACAGCUGCUACGCACAGAACAUCUGCUCCUGAAAGUACUGGCUUUUGAUCUGACUGUACCUACAAUCAACCAGUUCCUGCUCCAAUAUCUGAAAAGACACUCAGUCUGUCCCAAAACUGAGCAACUUGCAAUGGUAAAUGUACACCAUAGUAAAUUUCACUACUCGAAAGGCUAAAGAUGACAAAGCAGAUACUAAGAUGUACUAUCUUGUCUGCAGUAUUUUGCAGAGCUGACUCUUCUUGAAGUGGAGCCAUUCUUGAAGUAUCUCCCUUCGAUGACGGCAGCAGCUGCUUAUUGCCUUGCCAACUACACAAUAAACAAGACUUUUUGGGUAAGAUAUUAACUAGUUCAAGCUACCCAACUGACACUGACCUCCUGUACUUGUAAUAAGAUUGGUACUGGCCAGUCACUGAGUGGCAGUUAAUAGAAUGCUUAAAGGACCACUCUAGGCACCCAGACCACUUCAGCUUAAUGAAGUGGUCUGGGUGCCAGGUCCAGUUUUUUUUAAUAUAUAAACAUAGCAGUUUCAGAGAAACUGCUAUGUUUAUAAGUGGGUUUAGCCUCUCCCUCCCCCCCUCAUUGACAGCUGCUAGAGGCACUUGCGUGAUUCUCAUGCAAGCGUCAAUAGGAAAGCAUUGAUAAUGCUUUCCUAUGCGACUGGCUGAAUGCGCGGCAAGAGCUGCGCGUGCAUUCAGCCGACGAGGAUCGGAGGCAGAGAGCUCCCCACCCAGCGCUGUAAAAGUAAGUUUUACCCCUUUUCCCCUUUCCAGAGCCAGGCAGGAGGGGGACUCUGAGGGUGGGGACACCCUCAGGGCACUACAGUGCCAGGAAAACGAGUGCUUUCCUGGCACUAUAGUGGUCCUUUAAGGAAACCUUCACCAUAAUGCAAAAUUCCCAGGGCUUGACUGGCUGUAGAGGACUCGGAGUAGGCAUCAAGUGUGCCUUUAACAUAUGGCUUCCCUUUUGCCAAUGGAACUCUUGACUCUUGCAAGAGUCAAAAGAUGAUACCUAUAUAAAAUCUUUAGAAUCUCUUGCUCUCACCCCUGCUCUAAAUUGACACUAAAACUGUGUAUUUCUCUCCAAUCAUAUGGUCACUGAGAAUCCAGUGGAAACAUGCUAAGCAAACUCUUGUCUCAACAGCCUCAAGAUCUUGUUGCAUUUACUGACUACACGCUAAGUGAAAUUGUGCACUGCAUUAGUGACUUGCAUAGGUUGUGUCUCCAUGCUCCCCAUCAAGUACCACAAGCAAUUCGAGAAAAGUACAAAACUCCCAAGUGAGUAUGCUUUGAGAAUCUGCAUUUUAUAAUUAAACUUUUAAAUGCAUAUUAUAAUUCCUGACUUCUCUUUCCAGGCACAUGCAAGUCUCUCUUAUUGAGCUACCAGCAAACCUUCCUCUCAAAUGAACACUUUUUCUUCAGACUUGUGUAGCACUUACUUCAUGAUCAACAGUGUUGGUCUGACUUUUGAUGACACUGCAGGCCAAGUGUCAUGAACUUUUUACAUUUUUAUGAACUUUUUAUACUGGUACACUAACCUAGGACUUAACUCUUACAACUAUUUUGCACUACAUGCCACCAAUAGAUGGACCUGCACUUUAUCUUGACCCUUGAAGACCUCAAUGUGGUCCUACAAAUGUUUGUUUAAAACUAUUCUGGUAGAUGGUAGCACUGACCCAUUUGGGGGGUGGUCAAACCCAUAGUCUAAAGCCAAACAUGGCUCCCAAUGCAGAGUACUAGAGUAGAACUGACUUUAAGACUGGCCUAGACAUGAUUGUGCUGUCGCUGGUCAGGUGGUAACAAGGUAUAGUUUUCUAUACUUGUAGAACUGGGAGGGCAUAGGCUUAAUACCAAACUGCACUAUGGCACAUCUGCUGAUAGCCUUUGGUUUUUAGUUUCUUAAGCUAGGUGAAACAAGGAUUCUGCACCCAGUAAACCCUCUGGGUGUUGGGCAAGAUUAUCAAAUAGUCUUUGCCAUCUGAUUCUUAUAGUACACCAUGACUGCAAUAUGACUAGUCAUGUAUAAACAGUACAGUAGGUUGACUAUUUUAAACUGGGUAAACGCUAACAUUCACCAAUCCUUGUGAUGUCAAAGUAUUUUAAUAAACCAUUAAUUCGUAAA